CUUUAAUCUGUCAGGCUCAACACGACGCGAUCAUUUCUAAGUUAUUAUAACAAACACAAAUGACUAAAGAGCUGUUUUAAUGACUUAAAGCCUGUGGGAAUCAAGGCACAAAGGAUGAGACGCUGAAACAAAGGCGCGCGCAGAGACGCUCCCAGAUGCUCCCAGUGUUUAGCGCUUUAUUUGCUUUCCUCAAAGUGAUGCCAAGCUGCUGAGACUGAGAGAGAUGUUGGGUGGUCACACACUGACGGACAGUGUAGAGAUACUGAGAGUUAAAGGCGUGCAUCUCUCCUCCUCAUCAUGCGCUCGGGUCUGGAGCGUGCACUUGUUCUGAGACAGAAGCCAGAAUGUGAUUGUGACGUGUUAUAAAGGAUCUCUCUCUGAACUGUGUGCAUGCUGUUAGAUAACCUUGAUAAGGAAAGGCGUGAUAAUCAUGAAAUUCCCGUUAGAGAAUCCGAGGAAACAGGUGAACUGGGACCCUGAACAAGUGGCUGUUCAGACAAACAUCGUCCCGCCGAAGAAGGUCCAGUCCAGUCUGGUUCAGGCCAGCGUAGUGGCCAUGCAGAACCCGAUGGGCUGUGAGGUGAAAGCCAACGGUCACUGUGUUCUCCCUCGCCUCUCCAUCUCGUCCCGCUCGGCCAGUGUGAUGACGGGGAUGGACACUGGUGCGGACGGGUCUGCUCUCCACUCGGUCAUGAAGUGGAAGACGGUGGUGACCGUGUUUGUGGUGGUGGUGAUGUAUCUGGUGUGCGGCGGUCUGGCCUUCUGCGCGCUGGAGCAACCCUUCGAGAGCAACCAGAAGGACAGCAUCACGCAGGAGAAGGCCCAGUUCCUGCAGAGGAACCCCUGCGUCUCUCCAGCCGAGCUCGAGGCUCUCAUCAAGCAUGCAGUAGAUGCGGUCAGUGCUGGAGUGAGUCCCAUUGGAAACACGUCUAAUAACUCCAGCCAUUGGGACCUCAGCAGCGCGUUCUUCUUCGCUGGAACCGUCAUCACUACAAUAGGCUAUGGAAACAUCACCCCCAGGACUGAGGGUGGCAAGAUUUUCUGCAUCCUUUACGCCAUAUUUGGCAUCCCACUGUUUGGCUUCCUCUUGGCCGGGAUCGGGGAUCAGCUAGGAACUGUGUUUAUGAAGAGCAUCCUGAAGGUGGAGAAAGUUUUCAGGCAAAAACACAAGCAAAUAAGCCAGACCAAAAUCCGUGUCACCUCCACCAUACUCUUCAUCAUUGCUGGCUGCAUCAUUUUUGUCACCAUCCCAGCAGUGAUUUUCAAACACAUCGAGGGAUGGAGUACUUUAGAAGCCAUUUACUUCGUUGUCAUUACUCUCACAACCGUCGGCAUUGGAGAUUAUGUAGCAGGUGGAGAUCAAAAAAUAGAAUACAUGAAAUGGUACAAACCUCUGGUCUGGUUCUGGAUUUUGGUGGGUCUGGCGUAUUUCGCUGCGGUCCUGAGCAUGAUUGGAGACUGGUUCAGGGUUCUGUCCAAGAAAACAAAAGAAGAGGUUGGAGGGUUUAAGGCCCAUGCGGCAGAAUGGAAGGCAAAUGUUCGGGCAGAGUUACGUGAGACACGGAGACGCUUCAGUGGAGAGAUCCACGACAAACUUCAGCGUGCAGCCACCAUCCGCAGCAUGGAGCGCAGACGUCUGGGUCUGGAGCAGAGGGCGCAUUCGCUGGACAUGCUGUCACCUGAAAAGCGUGCAGUCUUUGCUAGGCUGGACGCCCGGCGCUUUAAGACCUCCUCACAGGAGAGCAUCGACACUAAACUGAACAACCUGCGCCUGAAAGCCGAGCACAGUGAACAGCAGGCGUCCUCCGAGGAGAACAUCUUCAACCGCUUCGGCUCGCUCACCAAACUGGCCAAACGCAACCGGAGCAAAGAUCUCCACAGGAACAUCCCAGAAGACGGCAGCAAGCUGAGCGAUGUCCUCAGCAGCAACAGCAGCAACGUCACUCUGGGAGAAGAGAGAAGCGAGGACGAGGAGGAGAUGGAGGAAGAGAAAACAGCAAUGGAGGCCAACACUGGCUUCACCUGUCUGCCUAACUUCCCCGAGGAACCCAAACAGAAGAACAGUUUCGCUCCGGCUCAGGCCACAGAACAAGAGCGAAAUAAAAGACUGGAGCAGAAAGAACAUCAACCGUAAGCAGACGAUGACAGGGUGAACAUGUGCCUUGUAACAUGUGUUUCGUAAGCUGCUGCUUGACUCGUUACGAUCAACUGCAGCUGAUUUUCACUGUGACAAAAGAUACGUUGCCAAAAAUGAGAAAAAAAAGACUGAGAACUCAAGGAAUACAGACUGACAUCAGCUUCAAGAGACAGUUCACCAAAAACCUGGGAAUUCUGCCAAUGCUCACAAACCCUCAUGUUGCUCCAAACCUGAAUGAAUUUCUUUCCUCAGUGGAAAAAUCUCUCAAAAAUAUCAAAAAUAAAAGUACCAUAGUAAUAGACUGUAUGACUCACGAUGCAUUGUGUGAGAAACUGAAACUGAAGUUCUUUACUUAAAACUUAUCAAAUUUAAAAACCGCUCAAUCAUUGAACAAUAACCGAUGGCGCUUUAUGCCGUUUUUCAGUGAAUAACACUUUUUUAGGAGCUUACUAUUAAUCAAAAUUAUUAUUAUUAUUAAGAUGUGAAAGACCUUCUGCAAUAUAUCUGCUUUAGUCAGUUUCACACAAAAAGCAAUGGGUUUGAAGUGACAUGAGAUCACGUACAGUUUUGUCCUUUUUAGAUGAACUAUACAUUUAAAAUGUAUUAUUUAUGUUCUUUACAACCUCACGACUGAUAGAAGAGUGAACAGAGACUUUCUGAAGGACUUUUGCUUCGUUCAAAGGUGUGCUAAGGAUCGCAGGAAACCUUUUUUUGCUGUAAAUCGCGGUGUCUUUUGGAAAGCAAACCUGCAUGAUUAUCAACUGCUGCUCAGUCCGUCAUCUAUGAUGGCAAAUCACAAACUUCUAUGAAACAUUUCUUCAGUUUCGUUGAAAAAUUGACACAUUCACAAUAAUCUUUUGAUGCUUGAGUUUAAACAACAACGAGUUUAUAGCUGUUGGUGAAAUGCUGCAUUCACAGUGAACUCUAAACAUUUCAACCCCCUGAAAAUAACAGGAAUUAAAGCAAUAGUGAUGAUAUUCAAGAAAUGUCACUAGAAGUAUUCAAAUGAUGAAGAAAUGGCAUCUUUAUGUGGUAUACAGUGAACCCCAAAAACUAUCAGGACUCUUACAUUACACAUAAGAAUGUGUGAAUAUCAUUGCAUUCAGAAAUAUAUCAUUUUACAGCAAGAUGUAUUUCCUAUAAAGGAAGAUGCAACCUUUACAAAACAUAUCCCAAAAACUGUGUACCAUUUUAAAUGAUUAAACAAUGCAUCUAGUGCUGAAAAUGAAAACAGUCAGAACUGAUUUAUACAAAAAUGUAUUUAAUUAAUUAAUUAAAGUGAUUUUUUUUUUAAUAAAAAACUAUGUGAAACACAUCACAUGAAAAAUAGCUUAUAAAAUGGUCAAAUGUGUAGCAGUUUUAAUACAAAUGAUUGUUUUACAUUGACUUUAAUUGAUACAAUUUGUUGCAUUUUAAUUUGUCUUUAAAUUGUUAAAUUAGAUGCAAAUCAUGUUUGACGUUGACUUAAAAAAAAUUAUAUUAAUUUUUUACAUUCUGCUAUUAUUUGAUUUAAAAUGGUUUAAUUUGUAGUUACAUUGGCUUUAAAAUUAGAUGCAAAUGCUGUUUACAUUUUUUUUUAGAGACAGAUAUUUUAAAAUACUUUUUGGGGUUGCUGUAUAUCCACAGUUAUUUCAUUAUUGCCAUAAAACAGUCUGAUUUGUUAAGUUUCACUUGAUUUCAGUUCAUAACUGAACAAAGUCCUCCACUGUAACUCCAAAAUAUGGUAGUCAUGCUCUGUGUUGUCAUGGUGAUCACAUUAACAUUUGUGCAAGCAUUACAUCGAAUGUAAUGAGUGCCUUUGGGAAAAUAAAUCAUGAAACGUG